AAAAAAACUUAACGCGCUUCAUCAACUGCUCGAAAUAUCGAAAGUUCGAACAAAGAUUCUGAGACCUUGAUUCAAUCCCGGUGGUGUUGGUGCCCUAGCUCAAUCGAAGAUGGUACAAUCUCUUUGCUAUAACCUAUCUAGUACUUCACUCACUUAGUUUUCAAGCUUCUUCUCUGUCAAAUUCCUAACCUAAUCUAAUGUCUCACCACACCAAUUUGUUCCUUUUCCUGUUGCGAUCUUUCGAAAAUUGAACCAGUAGAUCAUUAAUCAUUAUUGAAGGAAUGUCAUCUCUGUAUAGAGGGGAAUCCAGGAGGUACAACAAUAAUAAACCAAGAGGACGUCACAAUUUGCCCACGCAGAAGAAGCAGGAGAUUAGGGAAGCUUUUGAGUUAUUUGAUACUGAUGGCUCAGGUACUAUUGAUGCCAAGGAGCUUAAUGUUGCCAUGAGGGCACUUGGAUUUGAGAUGACAGAAGAGCAAAUUGAGCAAAUGAUAGCAGAUGUGGACAAGGAUGGAAGUGGAGCAAUUGAUUAUGAUGAAUUCGAGCACAUGAUGACCGCCAAAAUAGGAGAAAGAGACACUAAAGAGGAGCUCAUGAAAGCUUUUCAUAUUAUCGAUCAAGAUAAAAAUGGAAAGAUAUCUGCAGCAGACAUCAAGCGCAUUGCAAAAGAGUUAGGUCAAAAUUUCACUGACAGAGAGAUUCAGGAGAUGGUUGAUGAAGCAGACCAAAAUAAAGAUCGAGAGGUUGAUCCAGAGGAAUUCUUCAUGAUGAUGAAAAGAACUAACUUUCAUCACUAGUCAUAUCUAUGUGAAGUAACUUAUCUUUGUUUGGCUAGUCAUAUCUAUGUGUGCAAAUUGUAUUAAUGAUGAGUAUAAUGUUAUGAUUGUAUAUUUAUUGCCUAUGAACACAUGUUUCACAUUUGUACCUAAAGCCUAAAGGGAACAGCCUGCGCAGAGCAUUUUCUAAUCAAGUUAAAAGUUACACUAUAA